AUGCCGAAACUUCCGGGCCUCUCUGGGGCCACUGCCGCCGAGUUGGAUUCCUUGCGCAGUACCCUUGGUGCGGCUGCUGACGUUGGGGCGCUCAUUGCUCUGAAGUGGGAUGCCAAGUCUGACCCACCCGAGCCUCGUGCUCGCCGGCGGCAGCUCACUGAGGAGGAUGAAGCCUUUCGCCUUUGGGACAAGAUUCGGCAUCAGUGCCGCUGGGCACAGAGCUACCGGCAGCCCGGGCCCUUCCAGUACUGGGGUGAACCUGCUAGCAAACCUCCGGCCUCGCGCUCCUACACCUUGCGUGUGAUCUUCGAGGGCUAUGAGGCUCUCCUGGCAGAGCUCACCGCAGAGUGUGACGAGGACAAUGCCAACUCCUCGGAGGCGCCCAGGUUUAAGGUGGAGACCGGCUACAUCCGGCUCUAUCGCAGGAAGUACUCGAUGCUCUCACCGCUUCAGAAGUGGCGCUUGAAAUAUCAGCCUCAACUACCACAGGUCCUGCAAGGUCCGAAUCGCCUGGCGGAGGAGCAUCGCAAGGGCCGCGUGUGCGCGGACGAAGAAGUGCUGCGUCGGGCGCUGCCCAGCCUCGCGAGUGGAGGGCACCACAAAGAGGUGCGACUGGAGCCGCAGCCAGAUCAGGAGCUGAAUGUGUUGCACCUUUUGCCCGAGAAGCCCACGCGUCGCCUGGGUCAUCGGGAUGACUCCUUCCAAACGAUUCCGAAUCAAUCAGAAGGCAACUUGCUCGCGCUCGCCGAGUCGGACUCGGACGUGGGCGGCACCAGCAAAUCCAAGCCGCCGAUCUCGCCGAGCAAAGUGAUGGACCGCUCGAGCCCCAUCAGCCCUUCUUCGGAGCUUGGGAGAUUCGACCUGCGCCGCUUUCACCAACGUAUUGGAGUUGUUCUCAUCGGGCGAGCUGGUCCUGGGGUAAACAAUGUGAUCCAAGGCCUCUUCGACUACCUCCAGGUUUGGGAAGGCAAGGUGGUGUGCAUCGCCAUGGGAGUUGCCGGCUUGAUCCACAACUACUCCUUUGAGCUCACCGAGGAGCUUCUGGCACCUCACCGCAACCAAGGAGGGUGCGAUUUGUUGGGGCAAAGCCAGCCAGAGGACAUUCCAAAGCUGGGCAAUGACAUGCGUUCCAUCUCCCACACUGUGACCCGUUUGAAGUUGGAUGGCUUGGUGGUUUGGGGAGCGGGCUUCGAUCAGUGGGAUGUCGUGCGAGCUGUUCUGAAGGCAUACUUUCCCAUCCCUGACAUGACCUUCACUGCAGGGACGGCGAAAGGCCGCCAGUUUGUUUUCGAGAAGGGCCAGACCACGAUGACGACGCCGCUGGCGAUGGCUUCCUCCAGCAAGUUCCCUGUGGCCAUCGCCAUUGCUGGAGCGGUGAAAGAUGGAUAUCUCACCUUCGACACCAAAGCACAUGAAGUGUGGCCUUGGUGGAGCACCGACCCUUCGGAGCCUCGGAGCCGGGUGACGCUGCGACAUUUGUUGUCCUUUACCAGUGGCUUCUACUGGCCAGAUGCCAGUGGUUAUGUACCCUGCUUGGGCGCUGCCAAUGCCUCAAGCUACAGCGCAGAGGAAUGUGCGAAGGAGAUCUACCAGCAAGCACCUUUCGAGUUUGAGCCCGGAAGCACCUGGUCCUACAACUCCUUCCAUUUACAAGUGGCCGGUGCCAUGGCAGCCACUCGAGCCAAGCUGUCGACUCAGCAGUUGCUUCAGAAAUACCUCAUCCAUCCCCUGAACUUGAAGAACACCUCGUGGAUGGGUGGCGAGAACCCUGGCCUCGCGGGCAAUAUGAUGACGACACCAGAGGACUAUGACAGCAUCCUGCGUCGCGGGGAUCGGAAGAAGACGGGACUGGCUGCAGAAGACGGCGCCUACGUGGGGAACGAGCUUCUUCCACCAUGGGUCUCCUUUGAAAUGGAGCGAGACUACUUGGCACCAGACGUGCAGGUCUCGAACGCCAGCACCUUCUUAGUGACACUCCUUGGGCACUACUCCUUCUGCAACUAUUUCGAGUGCUUCCCCCCAAAGAGCGCCAAGUUCACGCCGGAAUGCAAGAAGGCCAACAUCCACAUGGACGCUGGGCUUUUUGGGUACUAUCCCUUGGUGGAUCGGGCCAAGGGGAUGUACAUGCAGAUCGCCACUGCUCGGGUGCCUCACUCCCAAAAAGACUUCUAUGCUCCCACCAUCGCCUCGAUGGUCUUGCGCAAGAUGACCAAGUUCCUGGUGGAUGGCGCCCUGGGUGUGGAAUCGACUGAGACCGCCGAAGCUGCGGACGCAUGGCAGGUGACCUCUGAGUUGCUGCAGCAGUUGGAGUUAAAGGAGCAUUGGCAAAGCCCAGAGGAACUCUGGGCCGUGCUCGCUGCGCCAGAGGAGGUUCUGGUGUAG